AUGCUUAAAUCAUUAAAAUCAAGAAGACUAAUCUUAAAACGAUCAAUAACACUGCUGCUCUCUUUGCUCUUUUCUUACCUCAUUUUCUCCGCAAGUCGGAAUGCUACAUCAUCCAAUAAAUUAAACAGCCAUGCAAGCGAGAGAACAGCUGUUGAAUCAUCUGCAUUCGGUUGGAUUGAGAAACGGCAACGGCAAAUGGAAUCAGAAAACUUAAUAAAGCGAUUAUUUGCCUUCUUUUUGCCCUCUUUGAGUACAACUCCUUACAAUGAGCGUGUACUGUUGACGCAAUUAGCAAAGAAUGAGAUAGCUAAGCGUGACAAGUGCCGCUACAUUUUUGAGGUACUAUACAGAAUUGAUCGCAAUUGGGAUAAUGCGCAAACUGCCAAAUUUUAUAAUGUCGAUGGAAUAGAUAAUACGUUGGCGUCUCUGCUAGGUGAAAGAUUAAGAUCUUAUGAUUAUUGUUUUUUGUCUGGUGAAUUAGACCCUACUGAAGUAUUUGACAAUUCAUCCAUAAAUCCUCAUGAUUUGCAAAACAGAAUUUUUCCGUUUUUGAAGAAAACCAACAAUGAAUCCAAAAUGGUAAUGUGGCCUGUUAUCACUGACCUGACAACUGGAGAGGCAGUGCCUAUACCCAAUGUUGAUAUGGAAUCAUCAAAAUUUAAUGGAAACUUUUGGUUCAAUUGGAAUAGGUUAAGCAAAGGAAGAGGCUUUGUUUUGACUAUUGCUGAAAAAGAUGUUCCUUUAUUUCUGAAACAGUUGAAAGUGAUGGAAUUCUCAAAAAACGAGUUACCAUUUCAAAUAGUUACCACAGGAAAUGAACUAUCUGCAGAAUCUAUUGCCAAAAUUUCUGAGGUCGCUAAUGAAACGAAACAAAAGGUCUACUUAAUAGACUGUUCAACAGUGCUUGACACCGAAUUUUCAAAGACAUACAUUUCUUUUUUUCAAAAUAAAUGGGUUGCCACUUUAUUCAACACAUUCGAAGAGUAUAUUUUGUUGGAUGCGGACGUAGUGCCAUUUGUGGGGUCUGACUACUUCUUUGACUCUCCUUCUUACAAGGAGAGUGGAAUACUAUUGUUCAAGGAUAGGGUUAUGGAAAAUGAGCAAACUUUCCAAUACUGCAUCGAAAUGUUAAGUGGAGUAGAACCUUCUGGACAAGAACGCAGAUUUAUUGGAAGUAAUCUGAUUUUUGAUUCGUCAUUGCCUUUUUCCUCUGAAACUUCUGAAGAAGCAUCUGUGUAUUACAAUUUUUUCAAAAAAUUACGACUCCAUCAUGUUGAUAGUGGUUUGGUAGUAGUCAAUAAACUUGAGAAAUUAAAUGGACUAUUGAUGUCUUUUAUGUUAAAUUUGGACGGGAAGUUGCAGAGGUGUGUGUAUGGUGACAAAGAAAUAUUCUGGUUGGGACAAUUAUAUGCUGGUCAAGAUUAUUCCAUCAAUCCCGUUGAUGGUAGUAUUAUUGGACCUGUUAAUGAACAGUCUGGAAAUGAUAACGGAUACACAAGUGGGAAUUAUUACAUCUGUUCUACACAGAUCGCACAUAGUGACUCCAAAAAUAAAUUACUAUGGGUAAACGGUGGAUUGAAGACUUGUAAAAUUCCAAACAGUGCGGAAGAAGACUUUGGAAAAGAACCAGAGUAUUUUAAGAGUAGAUAUGAGGACGUUUCAGAGUUAAAGAGGUUAUAUGAUGCUCCAUUGAACGUUGAGGGGCUAAUCGUCCCUGACGUUUCUGUUCAUCCAUGGAUGCAAAUCAAGGAAUGUUCUAAUUAUAUGUACUGUGCCUACUCUACGGAUGACAUACAUACAAACUCUGAACCUGAUGCAGGUCGUCUCAUCACGUUUACCGAAAAGGAAUUAAGGUAUAUCAAUGAUAUUUCCCGAACUUGGAAUGCUAAUUAA